AUGGUGGAUAGUAUUAAUCAGCUGUGGAUGCAUGAAGACGGCUUUUUAAUAAAUAAGAAGUCAGGACUUGUACUUGAUAUUAGAGGAGGUAUUGAGCGUGAUAAACUUAUCAUUCAAUAUGCCCGUAAGCCUGGGCUUGCGCAUAAUCAAAGAUGGAAGUAUCAGGAUGGGUAUAUCUUUCCUAGUGCGGCUCCUCAUCUCGUGAUAGAUAUUAAAGGCGGAGAGUAUAAGAAUGGCAAUAACAUAUUCCUAAAUACCAAGAACCCACAUUCACCUACCCAGCAAUUCAUUAUACAGCCAUUUGAAAAUGAAAAGUCUAGACAAGAAUUAGCUUUGUUAAGACCAUCUCCUCAAUGGUAUACCUAG